AUGCUCCAAGACAAACUUUACAUGUUUCCAACUACUCUUUCAUGCAAUAUCCCACAAAGACAACCAUGGCCUAAAACAACCUGGGAUAAAAAGUUAAAACUAAUUGAUGAUCUUGAGCUCAACCUCCGAAGACGCAAAGAAAUUAACUUGUCUACGUCGAACAAUCUGGAUCACGUCGAACCUGCAAGCUCUAAUGACGCAUCUGAAUACAUUCAACAAAAUCAAAGUGACGCAGACUUGUCUGAUGCUAUAGAACACGUACUACAAUUCAGAGCAGCAAGCGAUGGAUAUGCGUCAUAUAAUAAUGUUUCGAAUCAAUCUCCAGAAACUAAUCCCAAUGUUUCAUCCAAUCACGGAUUCAAUGUAGAGUAUCCAUAUUGAUGAAAAAGAAAAAGAAAAUAGUCGAAAACUAUUCUGGAAUUAUGAAAACUCUUUUUAUUGGACUUGACACAGAGCCGUUUUUGUUAUAAAAGAAGGAAAUAAAAUAUAAAGAUAUUUAGUGGU